AUGUCCACCGGCUAUCCAUCACAACUGAGAAUCAGAGUUGCAUCCCUGCUCCUCUACAGUGGAUACAAUCAUGCAACUGCAUUGUUCAUGGCCGGGGUUAAGAAGAGAAGAAGGAAAAUCAAAAAGAAGGUCGCAAGGUGGUGGGGGGGCCACAGUCGCUCUGUUCCGUCAGAGUGGAUCGCCAGUUCCUUGCGAGACCAAUUAUGGCCUGCAGAAAGAUUGUCGCAUUACCCCAUCCGAGAAGAAAAAAGAAGGUGA